UUUUUCCCUGCCCGAUCGCGGGAAGCGCCUCCUCUUUUCGGGGAUUUUUUCCUGCGGGAUUUCGCGCUUUUGGGCGGCUCCUGGUUUAAUUGCCGGCCGAAUGGCGGGGGAAUGGGGCUCAGCCUAUUCGACUCAAACGCAUUUUCCGUCGAUUUUUCGGUUCGGCGGGUCGCAAUUUGUCGCGGGAUAUCGAGCGCGAGUUUCACUCAAUUUUCCAAUCAUCAACAAUCUCAUCAGCGUUAAUGUUAGAUAGAAAAAUGUUCCCGCUAGCCAACGUGGAAACGUGCCUGUGCCACGAUCAUUACAACGAGUGCGUGACCCAGAACCCUUUCCUGGCCCAGCGUCUUUUCAACCCCUAUUUUCCUCCUCUAUGGCUGCCGUUUCCCAUUAAGAUAAACCAACCCCGGCCCGAGAAACCUCCCUAUUCCUACAUAGCCCUCAUCGCCAUGGCCAUUUCCUCGUCGCCCAAGCAGAGGCUCACCCUCAGCGGCAUAUACAGAUUCAUCAUGGACAAUUUCCCUUACUAUCGGGAGAACAAGCAAGGCUGGCAGAAUUCUAUAAGGCAUAAUCUGAGUUUAAAUGACUGUUUUGUGAAAGUGGCCAGAGAUAAGGUGUCACCUGGGGGCUGUGAGCAGUCGGAGGCGGGCGCCGGCGGCGGCGGUAAGGGCAGUUAUUGGAUGCUGGAUCCGAAGGCAGCGAACAUGUUCGAAAAGGGAAACUAUCGAAGGAGAAAAACCAGACAAAGGAUCGCCAAGACGACGACGGCUUUCUUUCAGGAGGAGCCGAUGCCGCUGGUGAAACGGGAGCCGGCAGUUUCCGCGCAAACCGACAAAAAGUCCAAAAACUCCAGCUUGUUCACGAUCGAAAAUCUAAUAAAAAACGACGAUCCGCGUUAACUCAACCACGAUGUACAAUAAUUGAAUGUGAUGUGAUUUUCUUUAUUUAUAUUUAUCCUCCAGCGAGCGCGAACAAACAAUUUUAUUUAU